AUGACGUUAUUAACCCGGAACCUUACAGUCUCUCGUCAACUCAUUUUUCACUUCCGUCGUUUUUUCUUUCUCUUCAUCUUCUUUUUACUCAUCUUCAUCGUGCAACCCUCUUCCGGUCAACGGACUUACAAAAAUAACUGCCAAUGCGAAUACGUGACAGACAGCAAGUGCGCCUACACGCUCCUCCUACCACUUGAUUCCAGCCAAUCAGGAACGAGCAGGACCCCGAUCACGUGUCCACCUCCGCCAAUCAACAGCGGCUGGGCGGAUCUUGAUGGGCGUUUAAACCAAUUGAGGCAAAAGUUGACCGACUUGACGGUUUGGAUGGCUAACAGCAAUUCUUCAAACAACAACAACAAUAAUAAUAAUAACACCUACACAACAAAUAACAAUAGCAACACGACAACAAGUCUGCCAACAACAUCUGAAGAAAAGAUCUUAAAUAUGACGAGGACUCUGGAGCAGGAAAUAAAUGAUUUAAAAUCAAACAUGACCCAAUUAGGUCAGCUCUUGCAACUUUUAAAUGGGUCAUUUGCUAACAUGUUGACCAACUUUCUUAACAACAGCAAUAGUAAUAAUAAUAAUAAUAAUAUUAACAACAACAAUAAUAAUAAUAGCAGUUAUUUCAGCUACUUUGAAGCUUCUAUUAGUUCUAUGCUCUAUACGGUAUCUGCACUUGACGAGAAAACAAAGAACUUAGAAGCGGCCAUCAACAAAAUAACAACAACGAUCAAUAACAACAACAACAACCCAACCAAAACAUGUAUUCGCCCAUCCCUGGUUCUGACCGGAAGUGCCCCGGUUGAUAGCGUAAAAGUGAACGCCACUAGUUACUUCGGUGAUACGCCAUUUUCAAUCCGGAUGUUGUUCGUCAAUGAUAGUGAUAGCUUUUGGUGUCCGAACGAGCCAAAUCGGGUAGACGAGUCCAUUCAAUUUGACCUGGGAAGGUCCAUUUCUGUGCUGGGGGUGGUUCUCAGGGGCAGGUCCAAUUUCAAUCAGUGGGUGUCCAGCUAUCGGGUAGAAUACGUAGAUGACGUCACUAAGCAAUGGGUGCAACUAAAGGAUGAAUUUAACAUCGAUGUGCAGUUUGAAGGAAACAGAGAUAGAAACACGAUGAAAAUAAACUAUUUCUCCCAGCCAAUCAGAACGCAGCAUUUCAAAUUUUACCCUCUGACCUCCGCCAUGAACCCUGACGGAGCAACCUUCUCAAACAAGUGCACCAGGCUUGACAUCAUUUACUGCCCUGAAUAAUAAUUACAUAUUUUUGCCUUUUUAAAAA